AUGGCCAACGCAACAGACCCGCGCACUUACAAGUUCAACCACUCCAUGAUUCGGGUCAAGGACCCAAAGGAGUCUGUCAAGUUUUACGAGUUCCUGGGCAUGAAGGUGCUCAAGAAGCUUGAGUUCCCCGACAACAAGUUUGAUCUGUACUUUCUCGGCUACGACAGUCCCAAGGCGCUCUCGCACGGCAACGACGCCAUAGACCGUGAAGGCUUGAUCGAACUGACCCACAACUACGGCACCGAGAACGACGCGUCCUUCAAGAUCAACAACGGCAACGCCGAGCCGCACCGUGGCUUUGGCCACACCUGCAUUAGCGUGGACAACAUCCAGGCCGCCUGUCAGCGGAUCGAGGAUGCCGGUUACCGGUUCCAGAAGAAGUUAUCAGACGGGCGAAUGAACCACAUUGCCUUUGCGUUGGAUCCCGAUGGGUACUGGGUCGAGAUUAUCGGCCAGAAGCCUCUCGAGGAGACGGCCAACAUCAAGGAGACAGACGUCUCAACAUAUCGCAUGAACCACACCAUGAUUCGUGUCAAGGAUGCUGAAAAGUCUCUCAAGUUCUACCAAGACGUCCUCGGCAUGUCUCGCAUGAGGACGCACGAAGCACAGAAUGCCGGAUUCAACCUGUACUUCCUCGGCUAUCCGGGAAAGCAGGGAACGCCCGAGGACGGCAAGACGAGCGACCGCGAGGGGCUGCUGGAGCUGACCUGGAACUACGGCACCGAGAAAGACGCCGGUUUCAAGUAUCACAGCGGAAACGAGGAGCCCCAGGGCUUCGGCCAUAUUUGUGUCUCGGUGGAUAAUCUCGAUGGCGCCUGUCAGCGAUUCGAGGACCUCAAAUGCAGCUGGAAGAAGAGGUUGACCGACGGUCGGAUGCGCAACGUUGCGUUCUUGUUGGACCCGGAUGGCUACUGGGUCGAGAUUGUGCAGAACCCGAGGUAUAGCAACGAGCACAAGGUGUGA